AUGGAUCACCUCGUGUGCUUCUUACCUGGGUUGAUUACCAUGGGUGCCACAAGAGGCCAUACCCAAUCCACAGCACGCACAUGGCCUAGUUGGGACGAUAAGAAGGAGGAUCAGAUCCAACUCACACGCGAUCUAAUGAAGACAUGCUGGGGGGUGUAUGUCGUGACUAAGACGGGGCUUGCGCCUGAAAUCGCGUGGUUUCAUGCCAAUGAGGACGAUCUACACCCAGCGUCCGGCGAUCGGCUUCUGGCGUCCACCAAACACUCAUUGGCGUCGUGGAAGAAAGAUUAUAUCGUUAAACCAUCGGAUGCACAUAACCUGCAACGACCGAAGACGGUGGAGAAUCUGUUCAUGAUGUGGCGUGUCACCGAAGGUCCCCUCUAUCGUGAACGGGGCUGGAAGAUAUUCAAUGCCUUCGAGAGGCACACCAAGCUGAGCCAAGAGUAG